AGUGCUUGCAAUAGAGAAUAGUGAACUUGUUGUUAACCUGACAACGCUACACCUGACCUCAUACUGACACCCCUAGAACAAACACACACGCACACACACACACAGAGAUACACACAGACACAGAGGAGCAAAAGCAUGUGUUUCAAGAAGGUAAAAGUGUUUAAACAUUAAUAAAGAUGGGUGGGGGCAUCAAGAUUGUACCGUCAACCAACGAGGAUCGGCAUUCAGAGAAGAAAAGGGGUGAACAGGAGGAGGGGAGGUGGGGGAAGUGAAAGCGCAAAGGAGCAAAAGGAGCAAAGUAAGGCAGAGCUCAUUCAGUGGGAUUGUUGAGCACAGAGCUCCACGGAUUACUGUGAUAGAAAUCUGUCUGUUUGAUUUCUGGUGCUGCUCUCGCUCAUGCCCUGGACGCACUGAAGGCUUGCAUUUCAGCAGUCGAACAUCUCUGAAGCGGAUGCACAAGACUCGGAGAAGGGAGAAGAAGAGAGGCUGAAACUUAUUUUCCAAUAACUCUAAGAUUGAAUACAAAGUGCCAGCAUCAUGCCUAAGCAAGUGGAGGUGAGGAUGCACGAAAGUCACCUGGAGCCCAUCGAGGCCAGGCCCAGGAACAAGUGUAUCAGCUGCUUCUCUUCUCUCUUCAAGAACCUGCUGCUCACGCUCACUGUACUCGGUGUGAUUCUGGGGGCUGUGUCUGGGAUGCUGCUUCGUUAUGCCUCUCCCAUCCACCCAGACAUCGUCAUGGUGAUUGCGUUCCCUGGAGACAUCCUGAUGAGGAUGCUGAAGAUGUUGAUCCUGCCUCUCAUCAUCUCCAGCUUAAUCACAGGUCUGGCUGGGCUAGAUGCCAAGUCUAGCGGUCGCCUGGGCACCAGGGCAAUGGUCUACUACAUGUCCACCACGGUGAUUGCUGCAGUGCUGGGAGUCAUCCUAGUGCUGGUCAUACACCCUGGAAACCCCAAGAUGAAGGAGCAGCUGGGAGAUGGCCAAAAGCACGAUGAUGUGUCCAGCCUGGAUGCCUUCUUUGACCUCAUCAGGAACCUGUUCCCUGAGAACCUGGUGCAGGCCUGCUUCCAGCAGAUCCAAACGGUAACUAAGAAGGUGGAGAAGGUGAUUGAGGAAGACAUCAAUGCCACCACCACCUUGGAGGGCCUCCUGUCCAACGCCACCAAGGAGCCUGAGUUCAUCAUCAAGAAGUCCCUCCAGUUCAAGAGUGGCAUGAACGUGUUAGGAGUGAUUGGCUUCUUCAUUGCCUUCGGCAUCUGCAUGGGGAAGAUGGGAGAGAGGGCCAAGCUCAUGCUGGAGUUCUUCAACAUCCUCAACGAGAUUGUUAUGAACCUGGUUAUCAUGAUCAUGUGGUACUCUCCCUUCGGUAUCUGCUGCCUGAUCUGUGGUAAGAUAAUCUCCAUUGAUGACCUGGAGGUGGUUGCUAGGCAGCUGGGGAUGUACAUGGUGACCGUGAUUGUGGGCUUGAUCAUCCACGGAGCCAUCUUCCUGCCUGCCAUCUACUUUGCCAUUGUCAGGAAAAACCCCUACACCUUCUUCAUGGGCAUCUUCCAGGCCUGGAUCACUGCCUUGGGGACAGCCUCCAGUGCUGGUACACUGCCUGUCACCUUCCGUUGCCUGGAGGAAAACUUGGGCAUCGAUAAGAGAGUCACCCGUUUCGUGCUCCCUGUCGGCGCUACCAUCAACAUGGACGGAACCGCCCUCUACGAGGCCGUGGCAGCCAUCUUUAUCGCCCAGAUGAACAACAUCUACCUGGAUGCUGGUCAGAUCGUCACUGUCAGUCUGACAGCUACCCUGGCCAGUGUUGGUGCGGCCAGUAUUCCCAGUGCUGGACUGGUGACUAUGCUUCUAAUCCUCACUGCAGUCGGCCUGCCAACUCAGGACAUCAGUCUGCUGGUUGCUGUUGACUGGCUCCUGGACCGGUUCCGUACCUCGGUGAAUGUGGUGGGAGACUCGUAUGGCGCGGGUAUCGUGUACCACCUGUCCAAGGCUGAGCUGGAUGAGCUGGACGCUACACAUGGCAAGUCAGGCGACAUCGAGAUGAUGAACAAGACCUCGUCCUACUAUGAUGACCUCAAGAACCACCACGAAAACAACUCCAACCAGUAACCUUGGCCACUAACGGCUCUACUGCUGCGGCAGCUGUGGCGGAGCGCACACUUGUUGAGGAGGAACCCCGGAAAAGUGAAUAAAGCCAGCACACAGAACCCCAGCUCCACAGGCUUUCUUAUCUGGUGAAAAAAAAAUGUGAACAAAAAAAAAGUCAUGCGAACAGAACUACUAAUUGUUUUUCUUAUGUAUCUUUAUUUUGCAUUUGUAUUAGUCCCUUUACAGUGUUUCUAACCAUCUGACUGACAGAUGAAUAAUACUAAUUAACUUAUCAGUGAAACGAUAACAGAGGUAUGUUUUACCUGUUAGAACACUAAUGUGUGCAUCAUAGAAAACACUUGAACAACGGACAUCAAGGCUUGGAAGGGAGGGUGGGAAGAGCAAAACAAACUGUUAAAUUAUUCCUAGAAUUGUUUCUAUGAGAGCACUGCAUUCAAAACAGGGGGAGGGUCAGUGUGUGGGGGAGUAACACUGGAACAACAGUCCUUCAGAGUGUGAUGGUAGCUGUGAGUUUGACACUGGCAAUCUGGAAGUCUAACAACAGACGGAGUGUGGGACAUAAUCAUGCUAAACAUAAGGUAUGCCUGUAUCAAACUCCACAUUACAUUUUUAGCAGCGUAUCAUUACUAUUAUCAAUGAUACCACAGUAGACAGCUGUUAUUUGACCCCUGGCCCCUUUUACCGCACAAGAUAACCUUUUACCUAUACCUGACAGAGCCCCUGUAACCUCUCUGAGUGUCUUUGCUACCUGCUAUUACCCACAAUCCCAUGGGGGAACCCCGUUGGUGAUAAUGUAGAAUGUAGAGAUAAGGCAGGGUCUGCAGACUGAGUCUUACUCCACAAGCACAUGUUCUCUGAAAAGCACAAAAUACAGAAGAAACAUGGAACCUCUACUCCCUUUUUAAUUCUUAUACAUUUUGUUGACUACUGUAAGGGAGAGGGACUUUUUCAAUGUCGCCUCUAGUGUGAGAUUAUUUACUGUAUCUGUGUGUGCGUGUGUGUGCGUGUGUGUGUGCGUGUGUGUGUGUGUGUGUGUGUGUGUGUGUGUGUGUGUGUGUGUGUGUGUGUGUGUGCGUGUGUGUGCGUGUGUGUGCGUGUGUGUGUGCGUGUGUGUGCGUGUGUGCGUGUGUGUGUGUGUGUGCGUGUGUGUGCGUGUGUGUGCGUGUGUGUGCGUGUGUGUGGGAUGGGAGUGAGAACAUGACAUAUCUCCCCAUUACUGAAAGGACCAAACAGGCAUAUGAUAAAUCAAGCCAGAAGCCUUCGAAACGCCUCCAUGACACUUACAGUCAUUGAUAUCGUCUUUUGGGGUUUCUUACUCUGCACACAAUCCAUUUGUAGCUAACUCCAGGUAGAAAGUUUCUCACUCAUUUAAACUUCCAAAUUAGCUAUUAAGAAAUUGAUGAAGCUCUCUGCCCCGCAAUUACUGCAACACAUGAAAAUCAAAAGUAAAGGUAAAAUUUGUCUCCAAAUACAAAUAUAUCAAUAUCUUCAGUUCAGGACUGUAUUUCAUAUGAAUUAGUUCAAAGUACUAGGAAGUAUUUAUUAUACCCAUCCCAGAUAUUCUGAAGCUAUCAAUUUCAUGAUGUUGAGAACCAAGAGUUAAUUGGGAAGUACCAAGAAAUAUAUCUAGAACCGUGAUUAGUACGAAAAUAUAAAGCACAAAUUAAGUUGUUUUAAAACAGAAUACAAAAACAGAAUAUAAAUUGAAUACUGAGUCCAUAUAGCACAAUUGCAGCUUAGAGUAUAAACUAGGUAUGUAUGAUUUUUUUAAAUCCCUUUUUGACACUGAUGUCUUUUCACAUUCAUCAUUCAUACUUUGAGGAACCCAAUAAGGGAAACUAUACUCAGGCUUUAGCACAAACUCCUUGGAUUUGAAAGAGACACUUUCACAAAGUCCUCAACACGUUUAGCUGCUCAUUAAAGAAAAUAGGCCAUUGACAAUUGCCUUGUAUAGCACAAGUUGGAUAUGGAUGCUUGACUUUGAACACGUGGACUGUUUACCACCUUGAUAUUUUUUAAAGAGAUGUUUUGUAUACUUGAACCUAUAUGACAGAGAUAAAGUUUCCCUUUACAACUAUUCAUAAGUAAGCUACUUUUAUUAAGGGAUUCUUGUUAGGAACAGCACACAAAAACUUGCCAAAUUUUCCAACAUUAACAUUCCAGUGACUCAAACUUUCUUGGGUUCCCUUUUUGCAUGAAAGCACAAACACAUAUUUGAUCAAAGAUGGUACAGAACAACCACAGAGCUUACAUUAAAGUGCAAGUUUCAACAGGUUGAUAACUCCCUGCACAACUAGUGUCCAGGUGGAGGUAUUACAUCCUUACUAUUUUUUUUCCAGACCCUUAGAGGGGUCUUCUUAGUGAUUAAACAACUCUAACCUCUUACCACAGAUGCUGACAACUGUUCUCAGAAACCCUGAAUGCUGCAGCUAUGUGUAUCAUUGGUCUCAUAUGGUUACUACUGUAGAGCAGUCAUCUGGAUGCAUGGAAUGUUCACUGCAGACUUCCCAACUAUUAGGUAGGAGAAUUCUAUCCCCCUAAUGGAACCUAAAUGUCUAAAAAGAGAAACACACAAAGUUAGAUCACCGGCUGCUAAUAUUUAAUGCGCGUAUGUGAUUGUAUGAGAGAUGUUUUGUGCAGGUGAGGCGUUCUGCAGGUGUGGAUGUAAUUUCUUUAUCCGUGUCGUGUCCUGCUCUCUUGUCUUGUUUUGAUCAUUUUGCUCAAUGACAACCUUGCCUUGAAGAUGUUAACUCUAAACUGUGCAGUCAGUUUGACUGUCAGGACAAUGCUGAUUAAAGUAACAGUAGAAAAAUGAACACUCACAUUCAUAGUGCAGUACACAGUCCUUUAGUUACCUUAAACACUUUCUCAGUCAGAAGAUCUACGCCAUGUUGCUUUUGAGCUUGUAUAACUGCCAUCACACACAGACACAAAUACACACACAUGCAUGCACACUUGCGGACACACACACACGCACACACACUUACACACUUAAACCUGGAAGGUCACCACACACAUUCUUACAUGCAAUGAGUGAGCUGAAGAGCACAGCAUUGAAACCCCCGAUGGCCCUAGGGCCUAACCUUUGACCAUGUGACCUUCAGUAAUAAGUCCUCCAGUAGAGAGAGGAUGCAGACCAGUGAUUCAUCAUGGGGAUUGAGUGUUGGACCAUUAUUAUGUUCAAACUCACUGUUUGCAUGAAGUAAAAGAUGAGUAUAAUUUUUAUACACCACUAUCUUAAAAGCAUGAUAUUGAAGUGCCUCCUUGCACUUUGUGUAUAUAUUGUAGGUAACAGAUAUUUUUUGGUUUUAUUUGGGGGGGGUGUUGACAUGGUAUGUAGAAAUAGAAAUGAAUUGCUGUGACAUUUUUUGUAAUCCUCUAGAAAAAUAUAAUCUAUGUUCUGAAUAAAAAUAGAUUAGUCAAAAUGUAUAGAAAAUAAUGUGCAAGAAAUUGUUGCUGUUAGCUAGUUGUCUCACUUAGCUGUCACACAUCAAUGUAUAAAUAUAUUGUUUUGUAUCUAAUGUAAGCGUCUUGAAUGUUUGUUCCAAGGAGAUAUGUCGCGUGCAUUCCUUUUCACUGUACAUAAAUAUAUAUAUAUAUAAUUACUCUGUUCAAUGGCACUGCAGAACGUUCCAGAGGAUACAAUGAUUUUGAAGCAAACAUGUUGAACUGGAAAGACAAAGCGAAAGAGGAAGGAAAGUAUCUGAUUAAAGAAGGGAGUCCACAUGGGGUGGUGGGCUCUUUCUAAUUUGGUGAGAUGUGGAUGUAAUCAUGACCAGGUUUGCAGAAGACAAAAAGAUCCCAAUUUUUUUAUUUUUCCUUUAUUUUACUAGGCAAGUCAGUUAAGAACAAAUUCUUAUUUUCAAUGACGGCCUAGGAACAGUGGGUUAACUGCCUGUUCAGGGGCAGAACGACAGAUUUGUACCUUGUCAGCUCGGGGGUUUGAACUUGCAACCUUCCGGUUACUAGUCCAACGCUCUAACCACUAGGCUACUAGGCUAGGCUACGCUGUACGUACUAUUAACUAAUGAAACAAGCACAGCCGAGCUGUUAGUUUAGUUCAUUACGACUGAAAUAGCAAAUCUGAUCAGAAUGUCAGGUGUAGUUUGCCAAAAUAUAUCUCCUAAGAUGAUCGCCCAGAUCCUGGUCAAAAAUUCAUUCUAGACUUUCUACCAGAGAACACAAACACACCUUUAGUGUCCACCAUCUUGUUUUGUGCAGUAUGCACUAUGCUGUGGCAAUUACAAGACAUGGAUAUCUAUACCAAACAGUCAAGGUUCAUGUUUAGAUUCUGCCUAAGAGUUAAACUGUAACAGUAGUGAGCCCAAGUGUCAUAUCCAUGCACUAGCCUCUGUCGAACCAGCACUUUCAAACCACCAGCACCAUUUCAAUAAACCCUCCAGACACAUAUUGAUCAUUUUGCCUUUUUGCUUUUCCUAAUUGUCAUCACAAUUGUCUGCAUGCACCAACAAAUCCAAUAUAUUAAGUAAAGGAUGUCAAAAUGGAAAUUGAUUGGCACAGUAUUUCUAAGAGUAGCCAGUAGAUCUUUAUAUCUAUAAGUCUGUAUUCUACAGAAGUCUCUGUCUUUCUGAUAGGAUCAUCCGGAGUAUCCUGAUAACCUAUCUAUUUGAAAUGUUGU